AUGCCUUCGACAGGCACCUCUGCCGACGCCGGCUCCGACGGCGUUUCCGACGCGUCCUCUGACGUGUAUUCCAAUUCUUCAAGUAGCGCUUCUUCGCGAAGCGCGUCUUCAGACGCCGCGUCCGACGCCACUUCCGCCGCGUCAGAGGAAACGUUUUUCGAUGAGGGUUUAGAAUCUUGUUUCUCAUUCCUCUACGGCGAACCUUCAAGCGACACGUCUGGCACUCCCCCAAGCUACCCUUCAAGCGACACGUCCAGCACUCCACAAAGCUCCCCGUCGAGCGACACGUCUGGCGCUCCGCACAGCUGCCCUUCGAGCGACAUGUCUGGCACUCCGCACGACUACCCUUCGAGCCCUAGCCAAGUUAGUGUCGAGUCCUCUGAUUCUUCGGCAUCAUCGACUACGGACGUGGACACGGCCCCCUCUCGCCUCGUACACUCCUGGUGGCUACUUGGUCUUCUCAGCAUUGCCGCAAUCGCAGCCGUAUCUCUCGUGCUGGCCAUGCUGGCCACACCUGCACCCGAACCUAGGAUGAACGACAGCAUCAACGCUUACUACAUGGACGAACUUCGUAACAAAGUAUACGCCAACCUAAGCCACAAUGCUGUGGUCAUGAGCAUGGCUCCACGAAAGAUGACUCAUGCAAGCAUUCAAGCACAUACCAACUCGGAGGAGCUACGCACUUCUCUGAGAAUCCUAUGGCCAGUCCAGAUCUCCAACGCUUCUACCCAUGAAAUCAUGGAUGAUGCUCUAGAACUGAUAAAGGCUACAUCCAAUGCCAGAGAUCCGGUGAGACAUUUCGAGAGUCAAAUUCGCGAAGUGCUCGUGAAUGGCGGGCUGGACAUUGAGGACACCUGGGAUCACGAGAACAAGUACAACAAGAGUGGUCCACAAUGGUUCAUGCAAGAGGCGGCGCACCUUAACGACCGUGAAUCGGAGCUUUCACCCUCUUCUAGAAGUCGUCCCUGGACUGGCCGCGAGCUUACUUCGCAAAUGCACUGGGAGAGUGUGUGUCAUGUGUACGACAACCUUCGGGAAUCACUCCAGAGUUUAAUUACAGCCUCUGAAAAGGUUUUAGAACGCAUCGAAGCCUGCAUAGUGCUCUACCUCAAGAUUGAGAAGUUUACAUGUCUCGACAUCGCUUCUCGUGCGGCGAAGGCACUUGAUGACGAGAAACGCGUAAACGCCACCCUGACCGAAUGGAACGCCCGAUGGAGUACGUCACUGUACAAAUGCAACAUACCGGUCCUUACUACUAUCAUGAGCUGGAUAAUCGACCCGGAGCCUCCGAAGUAUGAAGCACCUAAGGAAGACUACAAGACCUUCACAGAUGUCAUCACUUAUCUACUUCAGAUCAAGACUGAUGUGAGACUACUCGACACCGCUCUUCGGCAGACCUGGAACGAAACUUCAAUGGGGCCUGAAGUCAAUCGUGUGGCUAGAAUCUGCAAGUCACGCGAUGAUCGCGGCGUUAGUAGCUCAGAGAAAUGGCACUGGGCGCGCGUACAACUUCAUGAUACAUGGGCAGAGUUUGGAAAGGCAAUCCAUGAAUGGAAUGAAGGUAUGGGCUUGCACGACACGACUAAGCUACAUGAGUAUUUCAAAGCUUGCCUGCCAAACUUUCCACAAGCCUCUCCGGAUGAUGAUAAGGCCAGGGAGUGA